AUGCAACGUGAGGCGCCCGCUCCGCCCUCUCCAUUGGCUCUGAAGCCGGCGGUCUCUCAGCGGCGAGCUUUGGAGCACUUGGCGGAAUGUAGCCAGGUGGAUCUCCUGGAGCAGCUGAAGGAGCUGAAGGUUCAGCGAUGGGAGCGCUGUGUGGCGUCUUCAUGGCAUCCAGUUCUGAACCGCUUUGACAACAUUCUGGCAGCCUUUGCCGACCCCUCCCAGCGAGCAGCAGACGGAGCUCCCGACGAAGAGCUCGUGUGCGAGGUGCUGCGGGUCUUACACGAUAUUGUUUUCCUCCACCAGGAGCUGAAGGGUGCGGUGGACCGCCUGCGAGACUUGUUGCAGUGCUCAGAGCUGAAAGUGCUCCUUGGUGCGCUGCGCUGCUUGGCCGCCUGUCCACCAAGCCGAUAUCUCCAGAGCUCUCCUCUGGCGGCCGCCAUGGAGCGAAGAUUAGAGGUCCUCGCUUGCUGUGGUGCCCCGAGCGUUCUCGGGAGCACGGGUUUCCGGGAUGCCUGCAGCUCGGAGGACAGCGAACUUGCUGAUUUCGAAUUCGAGAUUCCUGAAAGUGCGGUUGGGAACCCAGCUUCUGAAGAGCUGGCACAUCUCGAGUCUGGGCCGACGGCGACCGCUGGCAUGGCUGGUGCGCACGUGCAGUGGUUGUUGUUGCUGCUGAUGAUCAUGAGGGGAGCAGGAGGAGGGGCAGGGAUAAAACUAACAAUCAUCGUCGUCAUCCGCCUCGUCUUCGUCCCGUCCUCCCUUCUAUGCCUCCUCCUCGCCACCGUCAUCAUCAUCCUCGUCUGCAUCAUCCUCGGGAACCGGGCCGUGGGCGUGCUGUGUGUUCUAAUGGGCUACGACUGGAAGCUUACUUUCUGGAUCAUGUCCGGUCGGAAGUUCGACACACGGGGCCGGUGCCGCCUCAGGAAGUGGAGUGUCUAG